AACAUUGUUAGUCAUCCAAUCCUGGAAUACCUACUGAAGCGCCUACAACGUGUCCAGUUAGCUGCUGCAGGUUUCCUUCUUGGGCACUAUGUGCAUAUGCCCGAUCUAUAUAACACUGCUUUAAAGCCUUGCAUUAUGAUGACUGGCCAUCCUAUCUUAAGCUAGACAUCGUUAAUCCAACACAGACACUGAGAUCUUCAAAAGAAACGACAUUAAAAGUAAUCCUUGAGUUGGGUACUUUCCAGCACAGCACCUCAAAUGUUUUUAAUUCAUUACCCUCUGCUGCAAGGAACUCUGUAGUCUUUCAGUGA